AUGGUGAACGGGGUGCGCGUUCGCGCGCGAAGGCACCUCUACGAUGCCUGGGAGGUGUGGCUCUCGCACCAGGACCACGGGGGCUCUGGCAUAGCCGGGGCGAUCGCGCCGAUCAUCGAAAGGUGGUCGGAGGCCAGGGUGGGUCUCUCGUUCCGGGCGACGCAGAUGCUAACCGGUCACGGGUGUUUUGGCCGGUAUCUGUGUCGCAUCGGGCGGGAGAACUCUCCCAAAUGCUGGCACUGUGCGGCGCAGCACGACACUGCUCGGCACACGAUGCAUUAUUGCCCGGCGUGGGGUGAUAUGCGCGCGGAUUUGGUCAGAGCGAUUGGGCCUGACCUCACGAUGUCGGGACUGCUCAGAAGUAUGCUGAGCGAGGAGGGACGGAAGGCCUUCAUGACGUUCAGUGAGGCCGUCAUGAGGAAAAAGGAGGAGCAUGAGCGAGCCCGCGAGGGCGUUCCGCCCCGCGUGGCUCCUCAGGGUUCAUAG